AUGUUACGUAUAAUUAGCGCAUCAAAUCGGGCUCUUGCUCAACGAAUUAUUCGACCAGCAUUAACUCUUACACGUGCUGCAUCAAAUACUGAUUCUGAAGCUGGUUCCGUAGCCUCAGGCAAUGAUGCUUUCAGCAAGAGAGAACAUGCCGAAGAAGCACGUUGGGCUCGUCGUCAUGAUGCUGAACAAAUUAGCAAGUAUCAAUCGGAACAUCCUGCAGGUGGUCGUCAAUCAACAACACAAGGUACACCACAACAACGUCUCGCUGCUCUUGAAGCUGAAAAACAAAAAAUUGAACAAGAGAUUGCACAACUCAAAAAUCAAAAAAAUUGA